ACGACACCAAACUGCAUUUCCUUUUUGUGAGAGUCCGUUUGACCGAAACGGUACGAGGGUAUAAAUAAGACGCUGGACCCUCCACUCUUUUUCUCCUCCAAUGCUCUUAACUAACCACACGCAUCUUACACAAUCCUGAUAUAUCUCCAAACAUGUCUACCAAUAUGAUUUCUUCUCCCUUAGCCUCCGGUGUCCAUACGCCCUCUUCCAUCCCAUCCUACUUGAACAACGAUGGUAUCGAUGAGUUGAAACCAGCCAACAGAAAACACCGCGUGUCCUCGUUGUCCCUCUCUGACAUGGCGCACUGGCAGAGUGGCAUGUCCAAGGUAGGCAGCGCCAGGGAGUCUGCGACAGACUUGACCAGAAACUCCUCCCUCCUCAAUUUAUCCAGAAAUGCGUCAGUCAUUAGACGCAAUCGCAAGCAAGUGAUAGACCACGUGCGUGUGGCCUCCUACGCCUUUGCCUUUGAUAUCGAUGGUGUCAUUGUCAAGGGCCCCGAGACCAUUCCAGAAGCCAAAGAAGCCUUGCGUUUGUUGAACGGUGAGAACAAAUACAACAUCAAGGUGCCGUAUAUUUUUGUCACCAACGGUGGUGGCAGAUCAGAAAAGGCCAGAUCCCUUGAAUUAUCCACACGUUUGGAAACUGAGGUCACCCAGGACCAAGUUAUCCAGGGCCACACUCCGAUGAAGGACUUAGUUGACGUCCACAAGAAUGUUCUUGUAGUUGGUGGUGUCGGCGAUGCGUGCAAAAAGGUUGCCCUUGAAUACGGUUUCAAGAGAGUCUUUACUCCGUUGGAUAUCAUGAAGUGGAACCCGUCUGUGAGUCCAUAUCACAAUUUGACCGAGGAAGAGUUGAGCGUCGCACAGGAUUACGACUUUUCCAAGAUCAAGAUCGAUGCCAUCUUGGUGUUUGCUGACUCCAGGAACUGGGCGGCCGACCAACAGAUAAUUUUGGAGUUGUUGAUGUCUAGAAACGGUGUCAUGGGUACUUCCUCUCCAAACUUUGAUGAAGGUCCAGGCAUUUACUUUGCUCACUCCGAUUUCGUCUGGGCCACUAAUUACGGCUUGAACAGAUACGGGAUGGGGGCCUUGCAGGUCUCCAUCGCCGCCAUCUUCCGUGAGCACACCGGCAAAGAAUUGGGGGUCAUCAGAUUCGGGAAGCCGCAGAGAGGUACCUUCACCUAUGCCAACAAGGUUUUGACUCAGCACAGACAGGAGAUCUUGGACCAACACGUGUCGCAGGUGUCACUAAAUGAUUUGGGCAACCUCACUGAAGGCGAGGUUGCUCGCCACCCUCAUAAGCCUGUCUUUUCUGACUCUGACUCUGACUCCGAGGAUGAGUUACCUUUAGACUUCCAGAGAUUGGCCAAGAUUACCUUGGACAUUCCACCAGCCUCUACCGUUUACUUUGUCGGUGAUACCCCCGAGUCUGACAUCAGAUUCGCCAACUCUCACGAUGCUUCGUGGCAUUCUAUUUUGGUCAACACCGGUGUCUAUGAGGCCGGGACAGUGCCAAAAUACGCUCCAAAGCAUACGUGUGAAAACGUCUUGGAAGCUGUCAAGUACGCUAUCGAGAGAGAGCAUCAAUUGGAGUUGCAAGAGUGGAACGAGUUUUCCGAGCACGCUUCUCCAGAUACCAGCGCCAACGUUUCUGUUCGCGGGGAUGACGAAAUCUUGGGUGGCGAAGCUGUUGAUGUUCCGGUUAUUUUGGAGGAACAAAUCUUGGCUAUCAAGCAUGUUGCAGCUUAAACCUUUGCCGAAUGUUUGAUUCCCCUGUGCCAUAUUGUAUAUUUUUACUCUCGUUAUUGCGAUUUUUGGGUGGCUUAUUAUAUAAUUUAUAGACAAUUUAUAUUACAACUAA